AUGAGUGAGAUUGAAGAACUUCAGAAAUUAUUAGAAAUUAUACAGAAUAAAGAAGAAUCUACAUAUCUUAAUGAAAAUGUAUGUGUGGAUAUUUUAUGCAAGUUACUUAAUAAAGGAAAAUUAGAAUUAAUUAAUUCAACUGAUGGGAGUGUAUUUUAUACUAAAGAUGCUUUAUAUAAACAAAUUUAUUCUAUGUUAGAAUUAUCUAAUGGUAGAUUAAAUAUAUCAUUUGCAGCUAGAAAUCUAAAUGUUAAUAUGGAUAUAAUAAAUGCACUUAUUAGAGACUUGCAGAAGACAGAUCAUUGCAACAAAAUAUUAAUAUAUAAUGGAGAUAUUAUAUCAAAUAAUUAUACUAAUAAUAUAUUUGAAAAGAUAAGUAGAGACUUACAAAAUAUUGGUAUUUUGUCUUUAAAUGAAUUAAGCCAAAUCUAUAAUUUGUCUAUUGGGUAUUUGAAAGGUGAAUUAGUGAAUAAAAUAAAUAGUGGACUAAUUCAAGGUAAAAUUAUACAAAAAACUAAUAAGGAACAAUUGGUGAUAUCUAUUAAAUAUAUUGAUAUUGUUUCUAGUAUAAUACGUGGAUGCUUAUCUGUUGCAAUCAAACCAGUAUUAAUAGAUAAUAUAUUAGAUUGUACAUAUUGUGAUAAAGCUUAUAUAGGAGAUAUUAUUCAAAAAUAUAUUAAUUCAAAAAUUAUAUUUGGUUUUAUUAUUCAUGAUGAUAUUUAUAUACCACAAGUUUAUUAUAUUGAACAAACAAAUUAUAUUCAAAAUUUUAUCUUAAAUAAUGGAUAUAUAAAUAUUAAUAAACUACAAGAAAUUCUAAAUACAAUUGGUGUAAAUAUAUCAAAUAAUAAUAGUAUUCUUAAGUGGUUAAAAGUAAAUAUUAAGUUAUCUAAUUCUAAAUAUAUUAUUAUAGGUGAUCAUAUUAUUCAAUAUUCCUUUAUAGAAAAUAUAUUGACAAAUAUUCAAGAUUGUAUUAUAAAUCAUAUAAAUGUUUUAAAUAUUUUACCACUUUUACCAUGUAUACUUAAUGCAAAUAUUAACUCAAGUUAUUUAGAAGAUAUAAAUUCAAUAGUUAAAUAUAUGUAUAAUGAAUAUCCUUAUAAUCGACAUAAAUUUGAUUGGUUUAUUAUAUGUUAUGAUGAAACUACUAAUAAAUUUACUAUUGAAUUAAAUGAAAUUAACUAUAUAUGGGAUAGUGAUCAAUAUAUUGCUUUAAAUUAUAAUGAAAAUGGUUUAUUAAUAAGAAAGUCAUUUGAUCCACUGAAUACACUUUUUUUUUUCCCCCAUUAUUACUGUAUAAUAAAUGGUUCUACUAUUUAUAAAAUGCAAAAUAUUUUCUGUAAGGAAGUUGAGGAAAUUAUAAAAAAUAUGGAUAUCACAGACCAUACAGAAAUCUCGUAUAAAGAUUCAUAUUCAUUUAUUCAAUCACUUAUUAGUGAAUAUAAUAGAAAACAAUAUAUCUUACAUUAUUUUGAGGAUUUACUACAUGAUUUAUGUGGAAUUACAAUGGAAAAUAUUGACGAUAUUACUAUUUCAAUGAAAUUUGAAGAUUUAGUUUGGAAUUUUCUUAUAUUAUCUACAUCUGUAUACUUAGUAAACAUAUAUAAUGCAAGAUUAUCAGAUAUAUUUAAUAAAAGUAACACUUCAUACACUCUCCAUAUUGAGGAUUGUUGA